AUGGUCGGUCGAAAGCUGGUGCCCAGCACAACGUCAUCCGCCACCUUCUUCCGAGCACUCGCCAUCGCCUCCGUCGCGCGAUCAUGCCCUCACACGUUGCGAAACUUCACUUCAUCAUGCAGUCGGUCGCAGUCAUCGAAGCGCGAACUGUACACUGCGCCGUCGUACCAGCCGCACAGUAUGCCGACAGACUUGCCCAUGAUCCCUCGAAACAUAGAUGCUCCCGAAACUACUUUGACCGGCCCACGCUCACGGCGGAGUAACCUCGAUUCCAAGGUCGAAUCCGAGUCUUCGAGUCCACAAACAACCGGUCCCUCAAAACAUACGUCGAGCGAGACAGUCACUGAAACGGAAGCACAACAAUCCAAGCCUGUCGCAGAACAGAAAACCGAAAAACCGAAGCGUCGCAGCAAGUUGAAGGCUCGAAAGGCUGCAAUGAAGAUAUCUGCACCCGCCGUCGAGCACCUACGCGAACUCAUCGACCAGCCCAACCCGCAGAUGAUCAGAGUAGGAGUUAAGAACCGCGGCUGCUCUGGACUCGCAUAUCAUCUGGAGUAUGUGGACAAGCCAGCAGCUUUCGAUGAAGUGGUGGAGCAGGAUGGCGUCAAGGUCUUGAUAGACAGUAAGGCGCUGUUCAGCAUCAUCGGCAGCGAGAUGGACUGGGAAGAAGACCAGCUGAGUGCGAGGUUUGUCUUCCGAAACCCGAAUAUCACGGAGCAGUGCGGGUGUGGAGAAUCAUUCAGCGUUUCAUGA